CAUUUAUUGCCAUCUUUAGUGGAAAUAUGUAUUUAAACAUACACAUACACCAAACUGUGUUCAUACAUCUGUUUGUGUAACAUAACCUAUUCCUCCUUUUCUGAUUUACCGCAAUCAUGGGUCGCGUUAGGACCAAGACAGUGAAAAAAGCUGCAAGAGUUAUUAUUGAAAAAUAUUAUACACGACUCACAUUAGAUUUCCAUACAAACAAAAGAAUAUGUGAGGAAAUUGCAAUUAUUCCAAGUAAACCCUUGAAAAAUAAAAUUGCCGGGUUUGUCACACAUUUAAUGAAAAGACUUCGGCAUAGCCAAGUCCGUGGUAUUUCCAUUAAACUUCAAGAAGAAGAAAGAGAACGCAGAGAUAACUAUGUUCCUGAAGUCUCUGCCUUGGAACAUGACGUUAUUGAAGUCGACCCUGAAACUAAAGAGAUGUUGAAAAUGUUGGAAUUCAGUAACAUCUCUGUACUUCAGUUGGUCCAACCUACCGCCCAUCAAUUCAGUAGGCGAACUUGAAGUAAAAUUUUGCUGCGUUAUGUAAGACCAAUAAAUUGAUUUUUCUUGAUGAUA